GUUUUUGUAUUGUCAAGCACCAGGAAGUACCAGGACUAGGUUAUGUUUUAGUUGCAUCGUAGAGUUUACGAUUACAAGCACAGUAAUUUUUAAACAAAAAUUAAUGAAAUUGUUUAUUGUAAAUAAAAGCUGACAAUUGAUUUAAACAUUCGAAUUAAAUUGGAAGCAAUUUUCAAACCAAGUUUUGAAUUUAAAAAAAAACAUGUUGCCGCUUUCAUUACUCAGGACAGCGCAAAAUCACCCAAUGCUGGUAGAAUUAAAAAAUGGAGAAACAUACAAUGGGCAUUUAGUUAGUUGCGAUAAUUGGAUGAAUAUUAAUCUCAGAGAAGUGAUUUGCACAUCUAGGGAUGGUGACAAAUUCUGGAAGAUGCCAGAAUGCUACAUCAGAGGUAGUACCAUAAAAUAUUUACGUAUUCCGGACGAAGUAAUAGACAUGGUGAAAGAAGACGUUCAAAUGAAAUCACGAGGAAGAGGUGAAAUGAAAGGCAGAGGUGGCCAAAGUCAACGCGGAGGCCGGGGAGGAGGUCGCGGUGGCGGCACUUUUGGUAACCGCGGCAACAGGGGACCGGCACCUUUGGGUCGUGGCGGCGGCAAUCAGGGCAACAAGCCUCUUAAUAAAAAUAGAAAUAAAUAAAUCUUAAUUACUAUUACUUAUUACUGUAUUAUUUAAUUAAAUAAAUAAAAAUACUGUGUAUUAUGAAAUGAAGAGAAAUUAAUUGGUUUAAUAUAAUUAAUCUUUAUUGGUAGUCACGUUUAAAAAAAAGUUAUUCAUCUUUUUUCCAUUUUUUGUACUUAUAAAUUAAAUCAUACGACAAAUAUCUCAAUACACACUAAAACUAUACGAACAUUUUUUAGUGAUUUAUCAAUAAUAUUUUUGUUAAUUGAUCGAUUUUAUCUAUCAUUCACAAAUGUUGUUACAAUAAUAAUAAUAGAGAUCAUAAACGGUCUCAAAAUAAUCCUUAAUUAAGAAUACAAUUAUUUACUAAUGAUAAUAAUUUAUUUUUCGUGCUAUUAAUGGUUACGAUGAUCUUAGUUUUCUCCACUAUUCACAUUAUAAAAAAAGACUUAAAAGAUAAGGGAUGAUUUCUGCUCCCUUGAGUUGUCGAUAAAUUUACGUACGUAAAUUCGUGUGCGUCAAAUCAAUCGACUUUGUGCCAUCCUGGCUACUGGUGCGCAUGAUGUCAAUUUGACAGUUGCAUCAAAUUGUCUAUCGGCCUUCAACUGUAACACGAGAUAAAAAUAUUAUUAGAUCGCUGUAUUAAAUAAAAUAUGUCGAUGAUAAUCUGGUGGGUUAAUUGUGUAAAUGAACUUACUGUAAGACGCUAAAUCGAUUUCAUCUGGUAAUUCCGUGAUGUUUACGUCAAACCUCUCCUGGACAUCAUUUAAUAUUUUAGCGUCGCUCUCAUCACUGACUAAUGUUAUCGCGAGACCUUUGGUACCAAAACGACCAGCUCGUGCUACACGAUGCAAGUACGUGUCUGAAUCUUCGGGCAUGUCGUAAUUGAAUACGAUAUUUACUCGUUCGAUAUCCAUACCACGUCCGAACAAAUUAGUUGCCACCAAAAUACGCUAAAAAAAUAAAUUGAAUACAUUAAUAUUAAUGGUGAUUUAUCAGCAGAGAAUUCGAGAGUAAAACAAUCAUGGGGUGAUCGUGAUAAUUGAAUAUUCUCAAGUUCUGAUAGUCGUCUAGAUUAUUUACCUUUUGGAAAUCCUUGAACUGUUGAUACCUCGACAAACGUUCUUCCUGGGUCAUUCCUCUGUGAAUGCCGAUUGCUGGGAAAUUUUGUUCAGUUAAUAAUUGGGCCAGUGCCAUACACCUUUGUACAGAUUUAACGAAAAUAACAACUUGAUUAAACUCUAAUACAUCAAGAAGUUCAAACAAUUUUUUAUUUUUUUCGUUUUCCUUGAGCUUGACGUAGUGCUGCUGGAGACCGUGAAGCGUAAGUUUGGCUUCGUCGUCAACGUAAACUUCCAUAGGCUGUAAGAAUAUAAAUAAAUUAGUAAUCAUGUAAACCACCAAUUAAAUUAUUUAGGAUUUCAUUUCCAUGGAGAAUUGACUCUGAAUAUUGAGCGAAAAUUAAUAUAAAAGUAAAAAAUAAUUUUGAAUUUAAAAAAAUUUCAAAUGAAUCGACUAGUUGUUACUGAUUUAAAUUUUCAAUACAUAGAUUCUAAAUAGAAAGUUGUGUUGAAUAUAAAUGUUUGGAUGCUUAAUCGUUGAUCAGAUAGUCACUCUGGUUACAUACGCUCCGGUGACUGUCCACUGUCAAGGAAGAUGCCAGCCAACUUGGCAGUGGAUCCCUUGACAGAGUUAACGAUGGUGUUUGUGUCACCCAGGAAUGCUCAGCCACACCAUCCUCUGUGCCCGAUUGAUGGUUACACUCUCCUCUAGAUAGAUCGAUCUUUUGAUUCACCGCGACUAUCAUCUUGAUUGAAACGCGAAGUAUCAUGCUUACGGGUAACAGUAGACAAAACAAUAGGGUGCUUUUCAGCAGGCAUUCAAGUUUGAAUCCACUGAUAUAUAUAUAUUGUUGUCAUAACUUUACUCAUUAGCUCGAUGCACAAAUUAUUAACGGCCCCAUAUAAUUAUUAUUAUCAAUUAUUUGUUUAACGGACGCGAUUAAAAGAUUUGUUUCUUAUUAUUAUGAAGAUACGGUCUAAUUUUUUUUCCCUAACUAAUUCCCCAUAAGCGCACCCCGUAAGUCCUCUUGAAUCUUCUUUCUUGUAAUCUUCUUUCUUCAGGAUGUCUUGAAGUCUUCUUAUUAAACCAAAGUAUUUAAAAUACCCUCCCUCCCUCCCGCCAUUAUUCAAAAAUAUUAAUUAUUUAACGGGUGUGAAACGCGAGUAAAUUUUUUGAGAGGAUUAUUGAGGUGAGGAUAAAAUUAGGAAGUUAUCAAGGAUUUAAAUAUGAUCUGGUUCAGCGUAUGAAUUUUUGGUGGACGGAUGUUGAUGUCCAGUUCCAAAGGAUUGCGGACAAGUUUUCAGGAUAGUUCAGACAUGUAAAGUAUUUGGAUAGAUUUAAACAACGGUUGGUGUCACUAGCUAGCCUAACCCGCGGGUAUUAAUCCUCGAAAGUUAUAUUUCGCGAGGCCUGAGCGGUCUCCUGGGUGUAAGCAUGGGGCCAACGAGGUAGAAUCGAUCGAGGAUCGCAGUGAAGAAGAAGUUUGGCUAAUUACAUCUUGCAUGAAUUUUUUGCAGACUGGUCUAAUGUCCUUAGACAGUGUUGCGCUGAACAUCAUAACUUGCUUGCCGUGAGGAGUGCUACGGAAGAUUUCUUGUACAUCUCGUCUCAUAUC